CCACAAUUGAAAGUUUCCCAGGGUUGGACUACCCUGCCCCCGGUCGCCCACGUGCGGGCCCUGGUCGACAGUGACUCUGGACGUUGCUCCAAUGCUCCUCGUCCAUGCCCAGCCUGAGCCUGCGAAAGCCAUCCGAGCCCCAGAGCCACCACGGAGAUAGUCCAGCAGUUUUGAGAGCAGCAUCUAUCACAUCCGCCGUCGCCUCGGGCCAAACUUCGCCAAUAUACCCUCCGCAGACGUCACUGGCGUCUGCUUCUCUCGCCUGUGUGCCCACUGCUCGUCCGAGGGACCACCAUGGCUCGCCCAGGCGGCGUAGCUGAGCAGCGAAGGGUAGGGCAAGCGAAAUGGCGGCGUGACAAGCGUCGCCCGACGUGGCCUCUGAUCUCGUCUUGCCAUGUGGACCAAACUGGGACCGCCUCCUUGGUUAUUGGCCGGGGCUUCUCGCGAUUCCUGCCUGCGACCGAAUGGGAAGUGGGCCGAGCCAUAUUUGCCUUCGCUUUUGCGACCGCUCCUUCUCUUACGCCUCAGGCCGCCAGAAGAGACAUCUGUCUAGAUGGCCCCAGAACCGCAGUCGCUCAGGCGGUGCGUGGUCUCAGGCCAAGCACGCCAGGUCGGCCAGGUAGGAAGCAGGUGCGGAUGGUAGACUUAGACUUCUCCCACACGUCGCCAAAACGGCCAUCGCGAGCCGACGCUUGCGAGGGUGGGUGGCUGUCUCUGCUCGUCGCCGUCCUGCAGGCCUCCAUCAACGGUUCCCUCAACCCCCUUCCAAGCCCUCGUGGCUCGUCUCCAAAGUUUGAAUGUGAAACCACUUCCCCGCAGACUCCCGCACGUGUGCUUACCACCAUCUUGGAUCCAUUUCGCGGCGCUAGGAGCGCGGUACCGUCCAGGGUCGGGCGCGGCACUGUGGUCGUAGCGUAGACAGCCCUGAACCCUUAAUGCCAGGGUGCGAUGGAUGCGAGCGACGCUAUCCUCACCU